CGACUUACGGCAAGCAGAUCUGCCCCUCCAUCAUCACAUUCAAAUUUUGCUAUGCGCCACAACCGCCUCAGAGACAGCACCAUCCAUCCAACCCCCUCAACCCCCUAAAUCGUACAAUUGAAAAAGAUAUAUACAUAUAUAUUCUUGUCUAAAUAAGAGGGGGUAAUAAAAAUACGAUCAUCAAGAGAAGAACAACAAAAAAAAACCAUGCCUGCCCGCGCCUCCAUCUCCUACUUCGGCGCAGGCCCCGCCCCGCUCCCAACCCCCGUCAUCGAAUCCGCCGCCGCAGCCCUCAUAAACUACCACGACUGCGGCCUGGGCCUAGCGGAGAUCUCGCACCGCUCCCCCGUCGCGAACAAGAUCCUCGCCGACGCCAAGGCGGGUCUGAUCACGUUGCUGGAUAUUCCCGCAGAUGACUAUGAGAUUCUGUUCAUGCAGGGCGGCGGGAGCGGAGAGUUUAGCGCUGUCGUGUAUAAUAUGGUCGGGGCGUGGGUUGAACGGAGGAGAAGGGCACUUGUAGCCAAGGCCCAGCGCGAUGGAAAGGAGGGUGAGGGACCGGAGGUGGAGGCGGAGUUGAAGCGGAUCGUGCGCGAGGAGCUGAAGAUGGACUACCUGGUCACGGGCUCGUGGUCGUUGAAGGCGAUGCAGGAGGCGCGGAGGCUAUGUGGGGAGCGGUUUGUGAAUGUUGCUGCUGAUGCGCGUGAGGAGAAUGGGGGGAAGUUUGGGACCAUUCCGGACGAGAAAGGGUGGAGGCUGACGAAGACGAGGCGGGAGGGGGGGAAAGGGGGUGCGCCGGCUUUUGUGUAUUAUUGCGAUAAUGAGACAGUGGAUGGGGUGGAGUUUCAGGGGUUUCCGGCGUGUUUGGAAGCACCGGAGGGAGAUGUUGCGGAGGAGGAUGAGAGGUUGGUUGUUGCGGAUAUGAGUUCGAAUUUUCUAAGUCGAAAGGUUGAUGUGCGGAAGUUUGCGGUUAUUUUUGCUGGCGCCCAAAAGAACGUUGGUGUUGCUGGAAUCACGCUGGUCAUCAUCCGCAAAUCCCUUCUCCCCCCUCAAACAGCAACGCCGUCCCCAGAUCUGCUGCGCAAACUAGAAAUCGGCGGCUUGCCCGGGCCCAUCAUGUUCGAUUACGCCACCAUCGCCAAAAACAACUCGCUCUACAACACAUUGCCCAUCUUCAACCUCUGGAUCGCUGGCGAGGUCAUUACCAAGCUUGUGCAGAUGUACGGAGAUCAAAAAAUCAGUGGGCAGGAAGCGGUUUCGAACCACAAGGCGAAGCUGUUAUAUGCCGUGUUGGAUAAAUAUCCGCAGGUAUACCACAUCGUGCCGCAUAAGAGCGUGCGGAGUAGGAUGAAUCUUUGCUUUCGCGUCCACGGCGGGGAUGCAGAAAAGGAGAAGGCGUUCCUGGCUGGGGCUGAGAGGAGGCUUCUGCAGGGUCUAAAGGGUCACCGAAGCGUAGGCGGUAUCCGGAUCAGUAAUUACAAUGCCGUGCCGGUGGAGAAUGUGGAGAAGUUGGUGGUUUACCUGGAGGACUAUGCGAAUGGGCGGGAGUGAGGUGAUUAUGAUAUUUCCUGCUAUUCCACAUUCCCCCUUUACCAAGACGUGUUCGCCUUUGGGGAGGAUGAAUAUCAAGAAAGAGCAAGGGAAAAAGGCAUACUGGCGUACUGGAGAAAGUUUCAAUCAAAUUCCAUGGCUAUGCAAUAUGUGACCAGAUGAAGGAAGGAUUACAUUGAAAGAAAAUCAAAUUGCAUUUCAGAUGUCAGCCAUCUCAAAGCUUCCGGACCGACCAAUCCUUUAAAUCCAGUUGACGUAUAAGACCUUGGAGCGGGCCUUGGAUUUCUUUGCCUCCACUCCACAUCUUAGGGCCGGCAAGGUAACUUAUAAAUCCGUCCGGCCCAGAGAUGAGAAUCAAUUUCGUCCCACCACCAGGACUCCUUGUUGCUCUUUCAGGCUCCGUAAACCCCAAUAUUGCAUCCUUUCCAAUGAGAGUCCCUUCCUCGUCCACAAAGUAGUCAACCGUAAGCAUGCCUGGAUAUUGAGCCUUUAGCUCUUCGAGAUACUGGACCGUAAGGCUCUUCUCAAUGUCGUUCCGCUGAAUUUGCCCCUU